UCACAGUCAACGUCCGUGAAACUGCGCGCCCACCAAUUUAUACACAAAGUCCUCUCAUUCCGGCGACAGCCCAACACUGACACCACAAAAUCUGCCACAAUUAUGGCCGCCGAGAGCAUACCAUCGGCCCAUAGAGUCACCGGCGACGACGACCUCUUGACGGGGAUACUAAUCCGCCUACCCACAAAACCACUCCUCCGUUUCAAGUCCGUUUCCAAACACUGGCUCUCUCUCAUCACCAGCCCAUAUUUUUAUCGCCGCCGAAGCCAAGGCAUUACCACUCCCUCCGGCUUAUUCUUGCGCCGAUAUUCUUCCCCGAAACAUGACUUUAUCCCCCUGGACGGUACAAGCGCAACCAAACCCCACUUCAGAACUCUCAAUAUUGUCGAACGCGGUGGUAUACAAAUCUCGCAAUCUUGUAAUGGUUUAUUGUGUUGCUUUACCGUUCAAAGAACUAAUGCUCCGUGCAAAUAUUAUAUCUGCAAUCCUACUACCCAAAAAAUCACCACACUUCCUGAUCCUAGUGGUCGGAUUUUCAAUUACACUCGCGGUGUUCAAUUGGCCUUUGAUCCGUCGAAAUCAUCAUGCUACAAAGUUGUUUGUGUUUAUUCCGCCGUGGGACUGUCUGGCCAUUAUGAAAUUGAAGUAUAUUCAUCUGAAACCGGCAUUUGGAGUCGCUCUGGUAAUCCUUUCCGCUCAUCUGUUAAAUUUAAGCAAGGGGUUUUCUGGAAUGGUGCUAUUAAUUGGUUCAGCUCCUCGGAUGAAUUUUUGUGUUUUAAUGUUGACGAAGAACUCCUUCGAACACUGUCAAUGCCACCAGUCCCCAGUGGUGGUGAGAGGAGGUUCGUUAAAUACUUCGUGGAAUCUAAUGACCAUUUGCAUCUUAUUGAGAAUUAUGGUCCUCCUACGUCACAUGUCAUUGUCUAUGAGAUGCCAAGAGACUAUUCUGGUUGGUUUGUGAAGUACAUUGUUGAUCUUGACGCAGUUAUGAAAGCAUUUCCAGGGUCCAUUAACGAAGGUGUUGACCCAUCAGACGUGAAUUACUACAUGUUUCUUAUACUAAAUCUUACACGAAUGGAUGACGAUGAUGAGUCAUUUCUAUUGUUUACCUUACCAGGUAAGGCCAUGCGUUACAAUUUGUCGGACAGGACUUUUAAGAUUGCUUUAGACUUGGAUGAAGGUCAAAGCGGGAUUGCCCCAAUUGUCCCAUGGGCUGUUGCAUUUCCAUACAUUGAAACUUUGGCUUGUGUCUGA